AUGGAAUCGAAUAAUUAUGAGAGCAUUGAGCUCUCCGCGAGAACAUCCUCACCAUCAAUCAGCAAACGAACAACCUGGGAAUCGACGAAGAGUUGGUACUCGAGAACAGUGCUUCGAUCGGGCACGCAGUAUAGUCAAAUAACGGAUCAACCACCCUCUGACUCGAAAUUCUUCCACGGGUGGAGAUUGGGAGCUCUGCUCUCCGGAAUCUUUGUUGCAGUAUGCCUGUGUCUCAACAUCGCGGCCACGGCCUAUCUCCGCACCAAGUAUCCGCCGGACGAGGAGGGACUCGGUGUGAUCCUCAGCCAUGGUUGCGGUAGAAUCCGCAGCAUUGAUAGCCGUUUCCAUUAUGCAAUUAACGUCAUUGCGACCGUCCUCGUCAGCGCAAGCAAUUACAACAUGCAAUGUCUCUCUGCACCAACGCGCACGGAAGUCGACACGGCUCACAGGCGGAGAAAGUGGCUUGAUAUCGGGAUUCAUUCAGUGAGAAACCUAUCGCAUAUUCCACGACUGAAAGCGAUCUUCUGGCUCGUGCUCGCACUGAGCUCGUUGCCUCUUCAUCUUCUCUGGAACUCGGCAGUCUUCAUGACGACCACAUUCAACGACUACAGCGGCCUGGUAGUCACGCCGGGAUUCCUGGAAGAAAGCACGUCAAUUGGUCUUGACUGUGGACACGAUGCGAUGGACCGAUACAAGUCUUCUGAUCAGUCGAGUUACGUGGCCUGUUGGCUGCGGGAUAGGGCCCUACAAACGCCACGAAACUUGACCCGGAUGAAGCCUAAGGAUUGCAUGUCAACAUAUGGGAAUGGUCUUGAGGGAGGGACUUUCAAUCUCCUUGCAGUCACCAAGGAUGGUAGCAAGCAGAAUCAGUCUGGAACUUUCCCACCACCAUAUGGUGCCACAGAAUCUGUGCUCGCUUACUUCCACCCCCUGGACUAUCCCUCAAAGGUGCAGGAUUGGUGCUCCCACAAAUGUGAAUCGUGGAGCAAGGACAACAACAGUCCAGUAUAUUGCAAGGAUAAUAAUUGGAACCAGUCAUCGACCCCAUUUUCUUGCAUGGAGCACAUGGUGAAUGGCACAGGGUGGAAACCGGACCCGAUUCCACAGGUCACAUAUUGGAUGUGCGCCUUGGACACAAUCCUUUACGACAAAUGCAGCACCUCAGAGGCCCAGAAGAAUUCCAGCAGCUGGAAGAUCCUCCCAGAACACUAUGAGAUUGACUACUGUUUGACAACGGACGCUGACCAUGAAUGCCAGCUGAAGUACAGUCCGAUGAUUCUGUACAUUGCUAUCGCGUGUAACACGGUGAAGCUUGCGUCCAUUCUAGGGUGUCUUCUCAUGUCUCGAGAGCCAAUAUUUGCGACGAUUGGCGAUGCCGUGGACUCUUUUCUUCGACGGCCAGACCAAGCGUCCAAAGGUCGGUGUCUGAUGUCAAAAUUAGAUGACUCGAUAUUUACUGGCGUCGAUGAGAAUGGAGAUUACAUACCUUUGACUGAGCAUCCUCCACAGCCUUGGGUCGAGGGUGGGAUUUGGUUCGGAAGACACGGGACUGCUCGUCGCUGGGCAGGUUGCAUAUUCUUAUGGCUAGCAUGCGUUAUAGUCGGAAUUGUCUUCAUGGCACAAGGAAUCACCCUCGUCGGCCUGAAGAACGCCUUCACCCUCGGAUUCGGAGCUCUCAGCCUAAAUGCCAUCGCCGUCACAUCCGAUUAUGAAGGUGGUAGCUCCAAGUCGAUCCUCACCACCUCCCUCAUUGCCAACCUUCCCCAACUCCUCCUCUCAGGACUAUACUUCAUGUACAAUGCAGUUCUAACCAGCAUGACCGCCACCCACGAAUGGAGCCUUUUUGCCCAUAAACGAACCACCCUCCGUGUAACCCUUCCAGCAGGCGCACAACGAGAGACGUACUGGCUCGGCCUUCCGUGGCGAUACUCAUUACCCUUUUUGAUAUGCAGUACCGUGUUCCACUGGCUUGUUUCGCAAUCCAUCUUCUUGAUCAACAUCAUAAUCUACCAACCGAACACCGAGAUUCUCACGGAACCAGCUCCUCAUUUCCCUGGUGUGAGCGAUACAGGCAUGACGACAGCUUGUGGAUAUAGCCCACUUGCCAUUGCAUGUGCGCUGGGAGUGGCAUUGUUAUUAUUUAUCGCUUUGAUCCUCUUGAGCUCCCGAAAGUUGAAGCCAGGGAUGCCGGUGGUGGGUAGCUGCAGUCUUGCUAUAAGCGCUGCUUGUCACCCCCCUAAAUCAGAUUAUUCGGUUGCUGUCAAGCCGCUACUUUGGGGUGCUAUUUCGCAUGAGGAAAAUGGGAAACCAGGUCAUUGUUGUUUGACAUCCUCCGAGGUGGAGAAGCCCAGGGAGGGGGCUUUGUACGCGGGCGACUCAACCGAUUAUUGA